AUGAGGAGAGAAGGUCGCCAACACGGUAUGGUCCGUACUUACCCAAUUUUACCCUCUCCAUGGAACCCAAGACCCGAGCCCAGGUACAUGAACAAGUCCAAUUCACCACCAACCGCUGGGCUUUUCGCAAAGGUCCCAACUAAGCCCAGUAACCAUUCCAAGUUCACCGGCAAGUGCGGUAGACCCAGGUGCACCAGCUGCCAUGUUCAUCCAGCUGCAAAAUCCAAGGACAAAACUAAGGGCACACAAAAGUUAAAGGGAUGCGGCGACGUCGUUUCGUUGGUUACUUGGAGAGUUGUGGAUGCUAGGCCUGGGUUCAAUUUUUCAGGGUUUUCAGCUACUGGAAUUUUGGAUCAUUUGGAUAGCGAUUCUUCUUAUUACAUGGAUCAUGAAAUUUACUAUGAUGAAGAUUACGGUUACGGAGAUCAGGAAUUAGUAGUUGACUCCGAUGGGUCUCCAGCGAUCGGCGUUGAGAUUGAAGAUAACGAUGAAGAAAAAAUGAGUUUCUGCGAGGUGGGAUUUGUGUGGGAAGAUGUUGAAGAAGAUGAAGAUUGGUGUGUUGUGGAAGGAAUCUAA